UCAAGAAAUAUGAUUAUAAAUUAUAGUGGUAUGUUGUAUUUUUCUUGUAGGAGAAGUUUAACUUUGAUGUGUCUGAGGAAAGAAAAGGUGCAAUUUUGGGUCAUAUGAAUGAUAUAUAUAGAGAUUAUAGACACAAGCUUCAACAAAAGUAUUUUGAUGCAAAAACAACUUACCAACUUCGCUUACGCAAUAAGCCUAAAUUUGUCGUCUCAGACGACUGGAAAUAUUUGAUCAAUCUUUGGAGUGAUGUGAACUUUCAGAAAAAAAGUAUGCAGAAUAAGACAAAUCGAUCGAGACGUUCCUUGCCUCCUUACUGUGGGACUAAAAGUUAUGCAAGACUUAGACAUGAAAUGAAGAAAGAUGGAAAAGCUCCUUCUCGUGUUGAAGUCUUUAUUGAAUCACGCAAGAGAAAAAAUGGAAAACAAAUUGAUACUUUUCAACAAGAUAUAAUUGAUCAAUUUGAACAACACAAAAAGGAGCAAAAAGAAGGAGAAAUUUUCUUAAAUGAUGAUGAUAUUUUUGAAAAGGUGCUUGGGACUGAAAAAAUGGAUAUCUUCGUGCAUAUGGACCAGGAAUAAGUAUCAGUGAAUACUUUGGUGGAACAUCGACAAAGGUACAACUCAUAAAACAAGUAGAAUCAAUUAGAAAGGAAUCAAAUGAGCUUGUGAAAAAUGUCAAACGAGAAGCUAAAUAAGAAUUAGAAGAAAUGAAGAAAGAAAUGGAGGAGAAGAUUGCAGAAUUGGAUAAACGAUGGGAAGAAAGAUUUCCAAGGAUGUUUGCAACUCGAAGUCAAGAGUCAUUGCAUGGUGUGGAGUGAUGGAUUAUCAAAUCAAUGAAGGCCUAUGAUUAUAUUUUCUUGCAAGAUGUUUUAUUAUUUGGGACAAUAUCAUUGACAAUUUAUUAGGCAUUUUUAAUUUUUUUCUUUUAAAUUUAUUCAAUAAUUGAAGAAUCUAUUCUAUUAUAAUUAUUUAUAAAUUAAUGUCAGAUUAUGUUUUAUGAA